CGAAAACCACCCCAACUCCCAAAACACUUACUCCAGUCUAUAUAACACAUAUGAUUCACGGUUUUCUGUAUUGUUUUGUCUGGAUCAGAUAUGGUGAGAGCCAGCGUGCGUGCAAUUUAGACUCGCCGUUUCUCUACAACUAUUAGGUGGAUAUUUUGCCCGCACAUUCAUGAAUGCAAUCAAUCGUGAAUUCCCUUCGUUUCUCUAAAAGAACUAAAACAUGGAAGAGGCCCUAAAAGGUUGGGGGAGAAGAAACGAGGAAAAAGAAAUGAGUACUGCAGGGGAGCAGAUUAAGAUAACUAUAGAUCGAGGCUGGGUUGUCUCAUUGAAGGACAAGUUGAAGGUAACAGAAGGGCCGGCUUGGCGCACCGAACAGCCGACCAUCUUCAGAGUCUUACCACACUUGCGAGGGAUCGAACCAAAGGCAUACGAGCCAACGAUCGUUUCGCUCGGCCCCUUCCACCGCCACAAGUCUCACCUGAAAGCCAUGGACCACCUGAAAUGCAAGUAUCUCAGCAAAUUCCUUGGCCGAAACCCCGAGAAGCCCCUGGAAGACUACCUCAAGUUGAUCAAGGAGAACGAGCAGCAAGCACGUAUGGCCUACUCAGAAGAAGUGGAGAUGAGUAGCGAUGACUUCGUCCAAAUGAUGCUGCUUGACUGCUGUUUUGUGAUUGAGACCAUAUUGUCAGAGGGAGAAGGACAAGCCACAAUAUGGUCGCUAUCACCGGUGUUGGUGCGUGAUAUGUUGAUUCUGGAAAACCAACUCCCUUUCUGUAUCCUCCAGCCUCUGUUCGACUCUACUUUUCUUCGCCAAUCCCUUGACCUCAGUAGUUUGAUACUUGCUUUCCUCAGAAAGGCCGUAAGCAUCAGGACGGAAAAUCCCUCCGGCAAAAAAUCAUUUCACCAUACACUCCAUCUUUUCCAUUCUUGCAUCCUCCCAGCAAAUGACCGAGAUGGCAGUGAAUCCUCCGCAUCCCUCUGCCACAACCUCAGCUGUCUGCAGAACGUGUUCCCCGUGUCCUUUUGGCUCUCGUCGUGGCUACACAAAUUAUCAUGCUGCUCUAGAGACGAUCAGGAGGAGACAAAUAUGCUUCUGGACUGGAUUCCAAGUGCGACACAGCUCACGGAGGCUGGCGUCCAUAUCAGGAAGAAGGAGGAGGCUAAGAGCUUUCUGGACAUCACCUUUCGGGAUGGGAAGAUGGAGAUCCCACAGCUUCAGGUUGAUGACGCCACCAACACCCUCCUCAGGAACCUCAUAGCAUUGGAGCAGUGCUACAAGGAAGCCAGACCUCUUGUCACGUCCUACGCGGGACUCAUAGAUUGCAUCAUCGAUACUGCUGCCGACGUCGCAUUGCUCCAACAAAGUAAAAUCAUUAUUAGCGGUAUGGGCAGCGGCGAAGAGGUCGCUACUCUCUUCAACCAACUUUGCAAGGAGGUAAUUAUUGACGACCCCGGUAGUAGCCACUUUUCAAGAAUCUACAAAGAAGCCAAUAAGCACUACGACGCCAGAUGUAACAAAUGGCGAGCAAGGUUGAAUCAUGAUUACUUCAGUAAUCCUUGGGCGAUUGUCUCGGUGGCUGCAGCUAUCUUUCUCUUCAUUCUCACCAUAACUCAGACCGUUUACGCAGUACUGAGCUAUGUUCAGCAAACUAAAUAGUCAUCAUGGUCUGUAUCAUUCGUUGGUUUGUAUGAACCAUGUAAUGGUCUCUACGUUUAUCUUUAAAGGUGUUUGCGCCAUGUACACGCGGAUGUCAUAUCGUCAACAAGCUUAAAAUUUUCAAUCA